AUGCAUCUCUCAGCCAUUGCAGUUGGAGCCGCUUUCGCGGGCACCGUUCGGGGUGCAGCAAUGCCAGCUUACGAUCCAGAGGCCAACAGCCCAUACAGCAAGCCAGUCUACAAUCCGGAGACAUCUUCGACUUUGCCAGCUUACUAUCCAAAGCCGGACUCAUCAACUGCUUACGCUCCUACUGGAACCUAUGGAACUGGAGUGUACGAUCCCAAGCCAUAUGAGCCAACCUCCGCAUAUGAUGCAAAACCAUAUGAGACGACCUCAGUCUAUGAUCCAAAGCCAUACAAGCCCACUUCAGAUUCCACAUCAUAUGGUCCAAAGCCAUACAAGCCAACUUCGGAUUCCACAUCAUAUGGUCCAAAGCCAACUCAUUCCUACGGACCGGAUCACAAUCCAUAUGGCAACAAGGACGACAAACACUACGGCGGAAAACACGGAGAUGGUUAUGGGGACCACCACGACAAUGGAAACGGCUAUGGUGACAAGCACGAUAACGGAUACGGACAUAGUGACAAGGAUGGACACAAGACCGAGGACUCUUACACCAACUCCAUCAUUCAUGGCGCAUACGACCCAUACAAGCCGACAAAUACCGAUUAUGCCCCCACGACAACUGGCUAUAAGCCAUCAGAUACUGGAUAUCACCCAUCGGUCACUGGUUACAAGCCAUCAGAUACUGGAUACCAACCAUCGGUCACGGGUUACAAGCCAUCGCAGGAAACUGUUGUCGUUCAUGGUUCUGUGACCAAGACAAUCCCAGAUGGUCACGCCACAGUCAAGGUACCUGUCCCAACUGAUUACCUCACCAAGACUGUCACUUCGUACGCCACGUACUGUCCAGAGGCAACCAGCUUCGUUGCUCAAGGGAAGACAUACACCGCCUCAGCUACCAAUGUUUGGGUUCCAGUUGCUUGUCCAAAUUCCUGCACUGUGACCAUUGCUCCAACGCCAACCGUUCUUCCGCUUGGGAAACCAUACAACAAUGGCACAGUGUACGGAGUUCCAGUUCCGUACAAUCCUUCCAACCCAUACACCAACCAAGGUACCGGAGCCACUUCAGGUGGGAACAAUUCCGGCACUGGCAACUCUGCGGGCACAGGCAACAAUUCCGGAACCGGUUCAGGAGCUGGCACAAACAAUGGUGCUGGCAACAACGCUGGAUACAACGCUGGUUCUGGUACCCACCCCGCCCCAGCACCAGGAAACAACGCCGCUCCAGCACCAGGAAACAACGCUGCCCCAGCACCAGGAAACAACGCUGGCCCAGUACCUGGAAACAACGCUGGCACACACCCAGCUCCCGCUCCAGGAAGCAAUGCCACCCCUGGAAGCAACUCUGGAACCGGCAGCAAUGCUGCUCCUGGCUCAGGAUCUGGUAGUCAACCUGCUCCAGCUCCUGGAAACAAUGCAGGAGCCGGUAACAAUGCAGGAGCCGGUAACAACGCAGUCCCAGGCCCUGUCGCAGGUACCAACACCACGGGCGCUGGAGCAGGCCAAGGAGCAGGCUCUGGCUCAGGAACCACACCUCUUCUGGCCAAUUCUGCAACCAAAAACUCUGGCAUUGUUGGAUCACUCAUCGGCGCUCUCGCUGCCGCUUUCUUCUUCGCUUAG